AUGGCGACGCACCUGCACCUCACUCACUCUCACUUCUUCCUCCCUUCUUACAAACUCCUCUUAACCGCCGCUCCAGAACCUCGCCUUUGUCAAUUCGGCGUCCGUCACCGCCGCUGCCUCCUCGUCACAGAUUGUGCUUCUUCACCGAAUGAAACAAGAGUUGCCAGUAGGAAACCGGCGAGGACCAAUGCAGAUCUCUGCAACGAUUUACGGGAAUUUAUGUCUGAUGCUGGGUUUCCUGACGGACAUGUUCCUUCUUUGAAGGAGCUUUCGCACCAUGACAAGUUUAGUUUCUGUAGCAUUAUAUUACUCUUCUUUAUUUCCAAUUCCUUGUUCUGCACUUGA